AUGGACGCACCUCUUCUACAGAACGUGGUCUUGAAGUUUCUGAAUGAGUUGAAAAAGACUGUUCAUGAAAGUACCAAAGUUGUCGAAGGAAAGAGGCAGCCGAAAGAGAACUUUCUGAUCGAGACUCUGAGCUAUCCAUCGGCCCACGAGGACGAUUCCUCUAGUUCCAGCAGCUGUUCUGAGGGACUUGAGAUAAUUAACGGCAAUUUUGCGCAAACAGAAUUGGGCCAGAACUCCGACGAGAUCGACGACAUAAUAUCUUCGUUGGUCAAGGUAUCCUUCCGCAUCAGAGGAAUCCGCUCGAGGGAUUCCCAAACAGCACGGAAAGCCAUGAUUUAUAAAGAGUUCAUCCAAGACGAAGAAAUGAACACUUUCGAUGUGUUCUCAAUAUACUCCGUCUUUGACCAGCGGCAUGUAGAAGAGUGGAUUGUUCAGCUAAGGAAGGCUGCCGAAGCAAGGGUCUCUACAUCCCAUGAUCCUGCGCAGAACACCACAGAUAGAGUCGGCAACGGGGAAGACCAAUCGCAUGAGAGGAUAUCAAUUUUCAGGGACAGUGAUAAAAGACUCAUUGACCGUUGGAGCAAAGCGGCAACUGUCAGACGUCGAACUUUGGCUUAUUGGCGAAGACACGCUCGGAAGUUGGCCAAGCUGGAUCCUGAAGCGGUGCAACAAGAGAGUCAAGUCAUAGUCCCGAUGCCGGAAUCAUUUGAUACCAUUCAGCCAGCAGUUUUACCUCCUAGGAUCCUGCGUGUUACGGCGCCGGAUUCGGUCGUAGUACCGAGCUCCGAGGGCGUUACACUUCUUUCUGAGACAGAAGCCACCCAAAUCCCAACGCAGAUGGAUGUGACUGACACCUUAUCGACUGCUUCACACUCGACGUACUGGAGUGAAGAAGGCAAAACUACGAAUCUACCAAAGCCUCCUAAGCUGGAAAGCUGGAAAUCAGAGUUCACAUGCCCAUACUGCCAUGUACUCUGCCCGAAACGAGACACGAGAGGCAGACAUUGGAGGGAUCACAUCAUGCAAGACCUUCAACCCUAUCAAUGCACCUACUCGGACUGUGAAAGUGCCGACGUAUUGUUCACUAGUAAGGACUCGUGGACUGGGCACGAGUCUCAGGUUCAUCGAAAGGUCUGGAGGUGCUUCGAGCAUCCAGACCUGUUCACAUCGGAGGACGAACUAGCACUCCAUUUUGAACUUUCACAUGCUACACUCGGGAGUACACAGGUCCAGGAAAUCUUGAAACACGCCUACACUAGCACACAGGACUUGCGGACAGAGUGCCCUUUCUGUUUGUCCCAUGGCCCAUUUGAAGAAGAUUUUACGAGCCAUAUGGCUUCCCAUAUGGAGCGACUCGCUUUGUUCUCCAUACCCACGGGCAUGGGAAACGACGACCAAGGAUACGGCAGUGAUGGUCAAUCAAAGACCAGCGGCUCAGGAGCCGCCCAAGGUGGGGGAUCUGUAUCGUCUCUCAACUCGGUCAGUCUGGCUUUUUCAGAUGCCGGCUCUUUGCUCCCAUCUGCCUCUGAGCCCGGGACAACUGGCCGCCAGACCACCGACAGUCCGGCUUUUGAGCCACAAGAUGAUGAUGCACCAAAAUUAGACGCAAGUAGCGAGCGCGAGCUUUGGGACUGGCUCGCUCCGGAGCGGCAAACGCGGGUGUACGAAUCCUACCUCGGUAAACGGCACCCAGGCACCCUCAGGUUAUUUUUCAAAUCGACAGAAUACCGAUCGUCAAUCUCUUCUAUGGAUCUAUGGCGUACGUCCGACCCUUUCAAAGGGCGAAGGCUAUAUCUACCAGGCCUGCCAGGUGCUGGCAAGUCUGUCUUGGCAGCUGCAAUAAUUGAGGAUCUCGCGAAACGUUUCAAAUCACCUGGGCUUCGCAUCGCCUACUAUUUCUGUCCUUCCCGGCGCCAGAAACGGACAACUGAGGCGCUGCUUCAGAGUCUCAUAAGACAAAUACUUGAAGGUUUGCCUGAAAUACCGGAUAUUGUUCGAACAUUAUACGGGAGUUAUCUGCAAGAUGGAACAUUGCCUCCACAAUCAGCUUUACUGGACAUUCUGAAAGAAGCCGCGGGUAAGGUUUCAAGGCUAUUCAUCAUCAUCGAUGGCUUCGAAAUUCUGAGUAGUGAUCAAGGUCGCAAGCUUUCAGAAAGCCUGGGAUCCUUAGCACAAAGCUUUAACACGCACGUCUUAGUAACAUCGAGGUCUAUUCCUUAUAUAGAGCAUAACUUUGGACUCUGGUGGACUAUGAAUGUUCGAGGUUCUAAAGAGGAUUUGCGAAGUUAUGCCAGAGCAGCCAUACUUCACGACAAUACCUCAACAUCCCUCGAAGUAGAAAAACUACAGCAGGCAGAAACACGAGUCGUACAGUUCUCCAAAAGGGUUUUCUCAUUCGCCACGAUCUAUCUUGAAUCUACAAUCCUUACACCCACGGAAUGGACGGGACACGCAAACCCAGGCAGAGAACUACAGAAGAUGAUUGACAUCUUUUAUACAGCUGAAAUGAAGCGCAACCAAGACUUUUCAGGGUUUGAAACUGUAACUGAACUCUUGGCAUGGGUCGUCAGGUCUCCGACUCGAUUGCAGCUUCGAGAGUUGAAAGAAGUCUUGCUUUUGCAAGCCGAAUCAGGAAGUACGAGAGGGGCAGUCGAUCCUGAUCAUCUCCAUGACAUGGAAAAACUUCUGUUCUGGUGUUCAGGACUUGUUGUUCAUAGUGACGACGGCUCUCUUCAACUUUUCCAUCCCACAGCAAACGAGUAUUUCAUUCGCAACCAAACGAAGUGGUUUCCAAAGGCAGCAGAAAACCAGGCAUACUUUUGCUGUGUAUACCUAAGAAACGCCACAGACAAGGAUGAAGACUUAGAUCACGGACUCCAGUACUAUAUAACGAAGUACCCAUUCGUCGUUCACGCUGCUGUUGCUUGGGGUCGUCACGCAUUCCAAGCAUUCGAAAAGAAUGGACUUGGUCAAGUCAGAUUGUACAUACUGGUUCAAGACUUCCUUUCCAGUAAGGAGGACGUGGUUUUGGGAGGGAGUCCUUCGCUAUUUGAACUAGCCGCAGAGUGUGGUCACAAGCCGAUCCUGGACCUUCUCCUUGACAGAUGGAACCGGGAGCGGUCCAUUAUAGACGGCAUUCUGUUGGGAGCAGCUCGAGGAGGCUGCAAAGACAUUGCCAAAAUGGCUUUGGAUCUCGGUGCAGAUCCUAGAAAGCCUGCGCCGCUAUGCGCCGCGUCUCAGUACGGCCAAGACCGGAUUAUUCGUCUACUACUGAAUACGGCGGCAGAUUUAGUCGAAUAUGGGCAUGAAGAGCCACUUCGCCUCGCCAUCAGAAACGGGAACUUGAGUAUUAUUCGCUUGUUCUUUGACCGAGGAGUUCCUCAUUAUGCAAACUGGAACCCCGAAAAGCUGCUAUCUGAAGCGAUCAAGGCGAAGCGGAAGUCAAUUACACGAUUUCUCCUGAAAACAGAGCCGAGGUUAGUAACAGCAGAGCUUGAAGAGGGCACAAAGCCUCUCUUCCUUGCUAUUGAGCAAGAUGACAUUGGAAUGGUUGAACUCUUGUUGCAGUGUGGAGCACGUGUGCAUGAAAAGGCCAAAGAUGGGCUGACACCGAAGGAGAAGGCAAAUGAUCUCGGUCGAACCCGUAUGGUUGAUGCAAUAGCGUCAUGGGAAGAGAGAAGUGGGGGUAUAGAAGAUGCUGUAGCAGGAAGCUAA